AUGAGAAGAUAUCCUUUAGCCAAAAGAGCUAAUAUUGAAAAACUGGAUCUUAGUAGUUUAGGAUUACAAGGGGAUUUAAAAUUGGAGGGAUUUGUUAAUUUAAAAAGAUUAGAUUGUUCUGAUAAUGAAUUAGAAGAAGAAACCUUUUUUGGUAAAACUUUCAAAAUUAAGACUGGAAUUAGUGUUUUGGAUGUUAGUAAAAAUAGAAAUUUACUAGAAUUGCAUGCUAAUAAUGGUAUGUUGAAAAAGAUAAACUUAACUGAUUUGGAUAAGUUACAUACUUUAUCUAUAGCCAAUAACUUUGUAAAGCAAUUAAAUUUAUCUGAUUUACAAAAAUUAAAAAUUUUAUAUUGUUCUAAUAAUCAAAUAAAUAAGAUAUUGGAUUGUGCUGAAAAUCCUGGAAUUAAUAAUUUGACCUUUGCCAAUUUCUCAAAACUCAAAUUUGUUUCCUGUAAAGAAAGUGCUAUUGAGGAAUUAGUAAUUGACAAUUGCAAUCAAUUAGAGUAUUUGGAUUUCAAGAUAUUUGGAGUUGGUGAAAAUAAAGUUAUGAAAGACAAAGAUGGUAAUGACACAAAAGCGUUUUUUAUGGAAGAAAUUGAUGUCUUAGGAAUUCGCAACACCAAAAAAAUAGAACAAUUUUUAGCCAAGGGGAAGAAAAUAUUGCCUUAG